CCAUCUGGGAUCCUUGGUUCCCUAGAGCUUGUUGCUCUGAAACGGUGCCUUUUUUAUACGGUGAGACGAGGCAACUUAACCUCGUUGCUCCCGGCCUGCCUUUCAACAGGCUGAUUAUUUCAUUAAGGCCAGUGUCUGGAAUUAGCAGGAGUUAGUUGCUGGGCUCUUCCUCCGCCACCUCUGCCUCAUGUGUCAGUCACCGGAUAGACGUCGGUAGGGCGAAUUCUGGAAGCUCCUUUGCGAGGCCAGGGUGAUGCGAGAAGGGGCCCGGCAUGCCUUAUCUGGACCGGCAGAACCGCAUCUGUGGGUUUCUGGACAUCGAGGAAAAUGAGACCUGCGGCAAGUUCCUGCGGAGGUACUUCAUCCUGGACACCCAGGCCAACUGCCUGCUGUGGUACAUGGACAACCCCCAGAACCUGGCUAUCGGUGCGGGCGCCGUCGGGUCUCUGCAGCUGACCUACAUCUCCAAGGUCAGCAUCGCCACCCCCAAGCAGAAGCCCAAGACGCCGUUCUGCUUCGUUAUCAAUGCUUUAUCUCAGCGCUACUUCUUGCAAGCCAGCGAUCAAAAAGACCUGCAGGACUGGGUGGAGGCUCUGAACCGCGCCAGUAAGAUUACGGUGCCGAAGGGCGGCAGCGUCCCGCCGGCCGCCGAGGUUGCGAAGCCACCGGUGGUGGCCCAGGCGCAGGAGAAGAAGCCGCAGGUGGCCUACAAGACGGAGAUCAUCGGAGGAGUGGUGGUCCACACGCCCAUCUCCAUCAACCAGAACGGAGGGGAAGGAGCAGAGGGCGGCGACGUGGCCGCCCACCCGCUGCUGCGGCGCUCGCAGAGCUACAUCCCCACCUCGGCCGCCAAGCCGCCCGCCGGGCCCCCCGUCCUCAAGAGCGGCUACUGCGUCAAGCAGGGCAACGUGAGGAAGAGCUGGAAGCGCCGGUAUUUCGUUCUCGAUGAGUUUUCCAUCAGUUACUUCAAGUGCGAGCAGGACAAGGAGCCCUUGCGUUCAAUCCUCCUGAAGGACGUGUGCAAGACCCACGAGUGCCUGGUCAAGUCCGGUGACCUCCUAAUGCGGGACAACCUGUUUGAAAUUAUAACAAGCUCCAGGACGUUCUACAUCCAGGCGGACAGCCCCGAGGACAUGCACAGCUGGAUCAGAGCGAUCACAGGGGCCGUGCAGGCCCUGAAAACCCGCCCCAGGGAAAUGUCCUUCGUGAGGUCCACGUCCAUGGUCAAGCCCGGAGGCUCCAGCUUCUCCAGCUCCUCAACCCCUUCCUUGGCCCAGCUGCGGCAGCCAGCGGAGGAGCGGAAGGCGCUCUGCAAAACGCCCUCGAGCUCGGCCUGGCAGCCGUGGACGCCGGUGCCGCAGCCGGAGGGGAGGCAGCCGGCGGCGGAGGAGCUGCCCGGGCAGCUGCGGGACUCGGCGUUCCUGCCGGCCUUCGCGGCGUGCAGCGCUGCCGCGGCGCAGGGCAAGCGCGUGCGGCACAGGUCCGAGCCCCAGCAUCUGAAGGAGAAGCCGUUCGCCUUCAACCUGGACGAUGAAAGCAUCCGGACCUCCGACGUGUAACGCGGCGCAGAGCCGUGCCGCGGCUCCUCUCGUCGCGGGGCUCCCGUGCGAGCUGGGUGCCGGGACGCUGCGGUCCUGCGCGGCGGCACGGGGCCGGUCGGCUCGCGGCGUGCGGCACCCGGGCGCGCGGGACUCUUGCCGGGCCGAGUCCUUAGCCGUCCGCGUUGGAAGAGCUGGUCUCCUCGGUCCUCCUGCUGAUGUGUGGCUGCUCGGCGCUUCGGCCCAAAUUUAUCCCGUUACCUUUUUGGGGAUGAAAUUGGCCUGUUCCCCCCACCGCACCUUCCGGUAAUACGAGAUUCAGCCAGACCCGUUUGCUGGGUGUCCCCGCUCUUCCGGAAGGAAGCGGGGGCUCCUUUUCCUGACAGCCCCCAAGGCCUUCGUCCCUCGGCAUCACGGCAGCCCUGACGCGGGCUGGCCGCGGAAGCGGUUUGCGACCCGGGUAGUUCUUUACGUGUUUCGGUAAGCUGCCGCUGCGCAGGGCGACCUUGCACGCGUUUCGUGCCCCCGUCGUUAUUUCUUUAUAAAGCGGGAAGCGUAAUAAGGUCCCGGGCGUUGCCUGGCAGAAGCGUGUCCUGUUCAGCAAAUGCAGAAUUUCCCUGAAAAAGCAAACCUGGAGGAAGCAAAGCAGGAGAUUUCGGAAGCAUGCAGGGAGAGCGAGGUGACCUUCUUGUUUUUAGCAGCAGAACGUGCGUCUCCCCUCUGUGCUGCUCCCCCUUCCCCGAGCAGCCCAGAUGCAGAGCCAGGAGACACGACCACUGCUGCGUUCACACAAAGAAAAAGCACGGCAACUUCAGUAUCGACGUCUGUUUUUCUAGGAGACCAGCUCUUUACACUGCCUGACUAAUGGUAUAUUAACAAAUCUGUUUGCUUUUAAUUAAUCCUUUUUAUAUCUGUGGCCAUUGUAUCAUGUUAAACUCUGGCAGACUCCGUGUUCGAGAGCCCAGGAAAAGUCUGUUGGUACUUUUUAAAUGUGAGUCAAGGUUAGGACCACUUCUUGGCAGACUGCAAGUGUAACAGUGACUGCAGGUAACGAUUAUUCUCAGGUAUAUUUUCAGUUUUGCACUGCAUACAUUUGGGCAUCAAAAGCAUUAUGUGCCUGGAUGGUGAAGUGCUUUUAACAAAGGGUAAUGAAAGCAGAGUGUUUAAAUGAAACUUGGAAGACUUGUCCAACCAACUUGCCUGUUGCCUGACUUGAAAUGAAAAUGAGCAGAACUUUUUUUUAAGCAAUGUGAACAUGUAAUUUCCAUAACCAAAUAAGCUCAUAUAUGAGGUGCGACAAACAGUGUAUAGAAAAUUCAAAUACUCCAUAGGCGGAGAGGUGGUCUGAAAUCUUCACCCAUGAAAGGCGUGUGUAGUACCUGGGAUACGGAGAGAUAACACGCCUUUCCCGUCCUUGCUGCCUGUGAGGGGUUUUAACAGUGGUUUAUGUUGCUGUGACUCUGAAAGCUGCAUGGAGCCUAUCCGGGCACGCGUGCUGCUUCGCCCUUGUUUUGAGGGCUCUUGCUCAGGCCUGGAGCUUACCCAGAACGGAGGGCUGCGUUUGCAGGCGCUGCCCGUUGUUCUCCUGAACGGAGCAGGCGCUCUCCCGUGCUCGCUUGAACCAAGCUGCCAAAAGAAGGAGCACGUGCUGGGGUGCUCUCCGUGUACCGAGGAAAGUAGCGUGCGCUCGGGUGUGGAAGAGCCUUCAUCCAGCAUCGCGGUUGAUUGAGACGAGCGUAAGCGCAGGCGUCCCGUCCUUUGACCUGCAGGUUCCAGGCGUUCCCAGCUCCGCUGCCGCGUGCACGUCUGGAAGCCCGUCCCUGGGGUAGGAGGCAGGGGCCGGAGCAGCAGCUCUCCCUGUUCGGCGCCCGUGCCCCGAGCGAGGCGGGAGGAGAUGCCGGGGCGGCGGGGGCCCUGCUCGCGCACGUGCGGUCUGAAUAAGCUGGCAUCUCCCUGCCGGGGAGCGCUGAGGCGCUUCCCCGUCCCGUGGCAGACACGGACACGCUGUUUGCCAUCUCAGAUCUCUUCCGGCUGAUAAAUCGGGGUGGCAGGUGUUGGAACUGCUCUGCAGGCUUAGUGGUGCGUGGGGCGGUCUAGAGCUAACAAGGCUUCCCUUUAUUGUGCACGAGUUGUCCUUUUUUGUUAUUGCAUGUUCUGUACUCUGCAAAAUCUGCUUAACAUGCUCCCCAGAAGCAAAAAAUCUGAUUUGUUCCUGUCCUUUUCAGGUUUCCAGCUGUUUAACAACCAUGCUUCAGCCUAGCUCGGACUCGGUCUGGGAUUGAGCAGAGCUUUAUCACGGUUGAGCUCUGGGGCAUUGAUUAGGCCUGAUUGAUCUCAUAACGAGAUUAAAAUCUCAUCUUCCCGCUUCAGUCUCUUUUAGUGGCUGAAGGACUGCUUAUCCAGCCAAGCUCUGCUGGAAGUCUAGAUGAAAAGACGUUGAAACGUGGCUCAGCGCGGUUGCUAAGCGGGGUGGAAAGCCUGAGCAGAGAGCUGCGGGGUUGGGUGCAGCCGGCUUUCUGCACGUUGCCUGUCUCUGCGAUGGGUGAGGUCUGCGCCUUCUGCUAAGAGUCCUGCUUGGAGACGAGCCCGGAGAGGGACUUCAGAGCUUUGCCAUGCUCUGCGGGGGUUUUCCCCCUCAUCCCUUCGUGCCAGUCCUGUCUCCAACAUGCUGCUGUUACAGAAACCAUGUUUACGGCCAAGGCGUGACCUUGCGAUGGAGCGGAGUUUUAGGGUGGUUUUACAGCCCUCGCCCAUGCUCACGUUUUCAAAGCCAAGCUGAGGUCGGGGAUGUGUUGCCCUAGGGAAGAGGGGACCCUCGGAUGCUGUCGUGGUACCUGGGGAAGGUCGACGGUGACAUGACUAGAUUCGGUCUGAGCGCAGCCGCGUUUUUUCUGUGUUCGCAGAAGCAGUUGACUAGCACGUGAUUUGAUAGUGUUAUGUUGUCGGGUCGCGUUAUUUUGCUUUCCCGCGUUUCUGUUCCAGUUCACGGAGAAGCAGUGGAAGGUACGCUCUAUAUAGCCUGUGUGAUAGAGUGAAUGAGGCCUCCCAGAUUCCUAAGGCAGAAGUGGCUUUGUGUGGAGAUGCUGGAAAACAUUGAAACUAUGAAAAUGAGAGGGAAUCAAUGCAAAUGGUACAGGGAGAAUGUUAAUAUUUGUUAUUUAAUUGUAGAAAACUAGGUUUUGCUGUUCCUUUUUCUUUCCUUUUUGCUUUAUUUGCACUAGUAUUUGAAAUAUUUUUCUUUCGGCUGACCUGCUAUUUGGCUAGUAAAAUGUUCUGUUCCAAAAAACUUUUAACAAUUUGGUAUGACUAUAAACCAUAAAGUUAUAGCAUUUAGUGAUAUCAAUGCUCUGACCUCAUUUCUGGAAAACAUUAACUACACAUAGACUAUGGUUAAUUUGUGCAAGGCUUCAAAAACAUGAAGUACUGAGUAUUUUUGUUGCUUUAUAAUUGCAAAGUUUCCUCGGGCCUGGGAAGGUAAAACUGAAGCCUGUUGCACAACUAUAGUUAAUUAUCCAGGAGCAGAAAACUACAAUGGCUGCAGUGCUAUUGCAACAUUAGUGUUUCUGUUCUUUCCACCCUUCCUGCAUCUUCAGGACAGCGUAAAGGCCUCAAUGAUAAUGUGAAUGUGAGAUUAAAACAAGCGUGUUCAGAGUCGAUCCAUCUUCCAAACCAGUCCGUAAUGCCCUUUCGCAGGCAUUAUGUGCACCGCGCUGUCUCUUGCAGAAGAGGAGUUUCUCUUCCCUCCCUCCAUCCCCAAGGGACCAGGCGCUAACGCUCGCAGCGAGCAGCCAGGCCUCGACGGAGCUUGCAGCGUUCUUUCAAAGGAACUGUUGGCACUUGCGCUGUGUUUGCAUCGCAGCAGUCUCGCUCGUGGAUGAAUGCAUCGCCCCGUUAGCUACCCCAGGGUCUUGCACGGGCCCCUCUGAGAGUGAUUUACUGCAAGUGUUCCUGCUUUUGCAGACAGAUGAGUGUAGAUUUAGGGUAACUUGUAUGGAAGGAGUGAUGCGAGGAAUGGGUUUGCUCUUUUAUACAGAACUCCAAAACAGUGUCAGCCAUUUCUGUACGUGCUGGCUGUGUAUUUCAAGUGCUCUUACGGGCCGGGGUACCUCGCGGCAGGCGAUGCUCCACCUAACUCCUGUGGUGUCGAUUACCUGCAUCCCGCCCUCUCGCAUGUAGAUGCUGGCUGCCGGGAGAUGAAACUCCUUUUUUUCCCCUCUAUGUUUUUAAAUAAAGAAGGAAAUCCUA